AUGGUUUCCUCUCCGAACUGGCGACCCGGGAAACGUGUUGCCAUUGUUGGAGGAGGCCCCGGUUCGAUCUCAAGUGGCUUAGCCUUGAUUCAACGAGGCUACGAUGUGAAGAUGUUUGAGCGGCAGCCUGAAUGCAAAGCAAUUGGGGGCGCGGUCCUGCUGUCGACUCCCGUUUUGGCCAUCCUGCGAUGCUAUGGCUUAAGCUUGGACAACGUCGGUGCAUACACCGUCACCUCCUUCGCGAAUAAACAGGGGCUAGAACGCGUCAAGCUGCCAUUCAAUGCGGAGGUUGAGAAGCGUAUGGGUAUCAAAGGCUGGCACUAUGGCGUCCUCCGUUCAUCAAUCUUCAAAAAAAUGCUGGAGCUUGUCCCGGAAGGCGUUAUUCAUGCCAAUCAUGAGUUCACUUCUUACACGGAGCGCGACGACGGCAUCGAUAUUUCUUUCGCAAACGGUCAACAGUUGACCGCAGAUAUUCUCAUUGGCGCGGACGGAAUUCGCUCAAAGGUCUCUCGACAAGCGUUUGGUGAGCCUCAUCUCUUUCACACCGGAAUUCGUCUUUGGCUUGCUUGGUGCGAUCAUAUACCGGGUAUCCCUGACAACCAUGGUGUCAUUUCGCAUGACUGGCAAUACCAGGCUAGCUUUUUCCCGAUGCUUCAUGAGGGCAAGCCAGGAUUCGAGUGGUGGGUGGUCGAACCAUCGUGGGAUGGGAAGCCGGUCCCAGAUGAUCCCAAAGAGCAUCUCACCGGAAUUCUCAAGGACUGGGCACAACCGAUGCCUCGCUUUUUAGAAGCCACCGAUUUCAAGACUCAAGUGUAUAGAUGGGAAAUAUUUAAUCGACCUUCUAUGAAAAAAUGGUCCGCUGGAAGGGUCGUAUGCGUUGGUGAUGCCGUGCAUCCUGUAUCGCCAUAUGCAGCAUAUGGUAUGGGCAUGGCAAUUGAGGAUGGUUAUUUUCUUGCCAAAGCGCUCGACGGCAUCGACCUGCGUGACUCACUGGCAGUCAGCGCUGCGUUUGAGAUCUACGAGGACCAACGAGUUGACUAUGUCAAUCAUAACAUGGAAUUUGCCCGUUUCCUUGGCAGGAUGUUCCACUCCGUGCCUCGGCCCCUCGCCAACAUUCGUGAUUUGAUUUUUGACUAUACUCCGGUGCUUAGUCACUUUCUGGGGAAAGGCUACCUCAAGAAAGCGGAAGAGGAGACAUUGAGCCUGAAGGAGCUUCAAGUAACCUGA